UCUAUUCAGCCUACUCACUAAAACCCUAAUAAUACCUAUAUCCUCUCGCUCAGCUUCCAUGUUUUAGCCGAAACCCGAGAGCAGAGCGGAGGAAUUUCACCAGUCAUGGGGGCUUACAAGUACGUGUCGGAGUUAUGGAGGAGGAAGCAAUCCGAUGUGAUGAGAUUCUUGCAGAGGGUGAGGUGCUGGGAGUACCGCCAGCAUCCUUCCAUUGUUCGUGUCACUCGCUCUACUCGUCCUGACCGGGCUCGUCGCCUGGGUUAUAAGGCCAAGCAGGGUUAUGUUAUCUAUCGCGUGCGUGUGAGGCGUGGUGGAAGGAAGAGGCCGGUUCCCAAGGGUAUUGUGUAUGGAAAACCCACCAACCAGGGAGUUACUCAGCUGAAGUUCCAGCGUAGCAAGCGGUCAGUUGCUGAGGAGCGAGCUGGUAGGAAGCUUGGUGGCCUUAAGGUCCUCAACUCUUACUGGGUCAAUGAGGAUUCGACCUACAAAUACUUUGAGGUCAUCUUGGUUGAUGCUGCACACAAUGCAAUCCGCAACGACCCAAGAAUCAACUGGAUAUGCAAGCCUGUGCACAAGCAUAGGGAACUUCGUGGUCUUACUUCUGCAGGCAAGAAAUACAGAGGUCUUCGCGGCAAGGGAAACAAACACCACAAGGCGAGGCCUUCAAGAAGAGCAACCUGGAAGAGGAACAACUCACUUUCUCUCCGACGAUACCGUUGAUCAGUGCUAUUACUUGUCUGUGUUAUCCUAUUUUUUGUUUUCUACUGUAGAAUUUGCCUAUUUUGAUACAAUUUUUGGGCUUCUUUUGUUGAACAUGUUUAAUUUAUCUGCAUUGAGGCGGUUUAGUUAUGCUUUUGUUGAACAAUAUCAGCUCUUUUUUGGCCUAUGUUACUCAAAACUUCUGUUGAAUGUUAUGCAAAGUUUUCGGUAUUCAAGGCUGAUUAGCACAGCCUGAAUGUUAA